UAAAAAACCAUCCUAUCCCUGACCCUUUUUUUGUUGCCUCUCCCCUAUCUUCCUCGAUUGCGCGCGCGACCAGCUUUCGACUUGGGGGCCGUUGUUCUUUUUCUUCCUCCCUCUUUUUCCCUUAUCUACGACCGCUUCUCCUGGCUGGAGCGAUCUCUCUACAUCUUCACUUUACACUCCUUCUUCUCUCUGCAUUUGCGGACCCUUAUCAUAAUCACCCAUCAUGGCGUACGCCGCUCUCAACUCGACCAUUGGUGGUCUGGGUUCAACAGCUACCUUCUCCAAUGUCUUCGACGAGGUCUCCAAGGCCGCCGUCGACCUCAAUGUUGCCGAGCGUCUCUGGGCGUCCUGGUACCUCUGGAUGCAGAAUGACACAAUCGCGACGGGUAUUAUGAGUUUCGUCAUGCACGAGCUCGUCUACUUUGGCAGAUCGCUCCCCUGGAUCAUCAUCGAUGCCAUCCCCUUCUUCAACAAGUGGAAGUUGCAAAACACCAAGGUCCCAACAUGGAGAGAGCAGUGGGAAUGCGCCGCUCUCGUUCUCAUCAGUCACUGCACCGUCGAACUCCCCCAGAUCUGGCUCUUCCACCCCAUCGCCACCUACUUCGGAAUGGAGUACGGUGUCCCCUUCCCUCCCGCCUGGAAGAUCGCCAUGCAAAUCGUCAUCUUCUUCAUCCUCGAGGAUGCCUGGCACUACUGGUUUCACCGCGCGCUCCACUACGGUCCCCUCUACAAGUCGAUUCACAAGCUUCAUCACACCUACAGCGCCCCCUUCGGUCUCGCCGCUGAGUACGCCUCUCCCAUCGAAGUCAUGCUCCUCGGUUUCGGCAUUGUCGGCUGCCCCAUUGUCUGGACUUUGAUCACCAACGACUUCCACCUUGUGACCAUGUACCUCUGGAUCGUCCUCCGCCUCUUCCAGGCCAUCGACGCCCACAGCGGUUACGACUUCCCCUGGUCUCUUCGUCACAUCCUCCCCUUCUGGGCUGGUGCUGACCACCACGAUCUUCACCACGAGCGCUUCAUUGGCAACUAUGCCUCUUCUUUCCGCUGGUGGGACUACUGCCUUGACACCGAGGCCGGUGAGGCGGCGUCUAAGAAGCGUCGCGAGCGCAAGCUGGCUGAGAUUAGGGCCAAGAAGGCGCAGUAAAUGGUGAUGGGCAUGUGAUGCCAUACUCUUAUAGAAGGUUGAUUUUUCGGAGAGGAUUUGGGGCCCGGUUGACCGACCAUCCCAUAGUGGGAUGUGAUGGGCGGUUAGUCACGGCGAAAAAAGAUCAGAAAGGGUCGGUUUGUCGGGAGGGUAGGUUUUGGUUCUUGGACAGGACAGGGAAAGGGAAAGGAAAGAUAAGGGAUGUGAUUGAUGAAAAAAGUUACACGAACACACAGCAUAUUGCACUGCGAUUAUUUGUGCAAACCAACGCCCCAUGUAUACAACGCAUACAGGAAAAGGGCGUUGGUGCAGGCAAGGGGCACGCACAAGGGCACAAGUCUAUACAUACCUUAAUUAUUAAUUAUAUUUGUACAUGAGAUAUUUUCUUGGAUUGAGAUAUGAAGAUGUGAAUCCUUG